AUGGCUUCCAACCCAUCUCAUCCAGAUGCGGGAUCAUCUGCACCAAACAACAUCCCUCAAAAUACCCUCAACAUGCAUCCAGCUGCGAGCAACACGGCUCAGUCCAGUGUCAACUCUCAAACUACUCCCCAGGACCAGGGAGAAGGUCAAGCCCAGUCCCCAGAUGAGCUCCUCACACAUCCAGAGCGGCAAUUUGAACUCCUAACAGAUGGCAUGCGACGUCGCCUCGAGGAAGCAGUUGCUCGCGAAGCCCGCACACAUGAAGAACUGGCCGCAAUGGGGGUCGAUCCUGAAGGCCUUGACGAACAUAGGAACGAAUACAUAGACACAAACAUCGAUCUGGGCCCUGAUGUCGAAAUCAAGGAGCCCGACAGCCGACUCGGCAUCGCAAAGAGGGUCAAGUUCUCGAAAGCUUACUCUCAUGGUCUAUUUGAAGGACAUAAUCCAUAUGAAAUUGAGAAUGAGGUUGAUCAUCUCGCCCUGAGUCUCAAGCACACCAGUCUCGAUCUUAUCACGGCCCUCUGCUGCAACCUUGAGCUUGCUGUUGAGAUUGGUAAGCACCUCUCUCCCAGAGACAUCGUGAGCCUGUACAUUGCCAGCCCUACAUUUCGAGAAGCAAUUACGGGGCAUAUGCUCUCCUGCAUUCGUAUGUGGAUUGACACCAAUGCGCCUGAGGCUGGUAAAGUCUUCCAUUGGAAGCUCUAUGGCAGAACCCUCAUCAAGGAUCCAGCGGACCGCAAUUCAAGUACUCAUGAUGCUCGGUUCCUUGAAGGCCGCUGGGAAACCGCGAAGACAAACCCCAGCCAGAUUCGACUGAUUCCUGGUUUAAAGUACCUUGAGUUGGUCAUCGGUCGUGAUCGAUACUGUCGCGAGAUCAUCGCAAUAAUGGCUCGCAUGGGUUUUCGCAUGCCACACACAAUGCACAGCACCCUUCUCCGACUCUGGGUCCUACUUGAAAUUCCUACUACGCGCCAGAGACGAUUGUCUCUGAGUAGCAGAAAGUACUGGACCAACAUUCACCUCUACAACGCGCACUUCUUCAUCAUCAAGCUUUCAAUGGCCUUUACACACCCCUUUUUCAGCCCCAUCAGCAUUGACAUGGUUAAACUCAUGAUGGGCCAGAAAGGCUUAUAUCCCCUGUGGCAAUGCCUCAUGCGGCAGAAAUACAGAACUAUGUCGGAAUGCAUGGAACUCAAGGCUCGCUAUGACUUGCGUCUCUCUACGCUUGCUUGGGACCGUAUACAGAGAGAAAGAUACCCCUCGGCUUAUGGCGUCCCUCUCCACGAGGUUGGUCUUGGUCACCUGGAAGGCUGGGGGAAAGGCGUCCUUCGUCUCGAGCGCCCUGAUGAGAUAUUGCCGAUCGAGGCAGCCUCCCGUGGACUCCAUUUAGACGACCACAUCACUCAAAUGAUGUUAUGGGGCUAUAUUGACUUUGAGACGGGAGAGAACCUCGUCCCCACCGAAGAUGAGAUGUACAUCUCAGAUGAAGAUGAGAAACUCAACAAGGCCGACAAUGCUCACCAUUGGCAGCGCAAGCACGCUCUCAAGAAACGCUGGACUGAACUAACCCCUGAACAGCAACAGGACAUUAAGGACGACGAUGCGGAUGAACACCUCCGUGCUAUGGCCUGGUCAUCAGUCGACCACGAGGACCUAGACUGGGACAGGGAAUCCGACGACGAGAGCGACGGCGAAUACGACAUCAACACCGAGAUCAACCGUGGAUAUCGCAUGCCUGCCGCACGUAACGAAAACUCAUCACCUGACGAGAGCAUGAGCGACAUACCAGCUGGUGGAGAGGCAAUUCGCGUAGGGAAUCAGGAGAUUUCUGGUGACGAAGUCGCUGAGAUGGUGGGAGGAAUGGACGUGCCCGUUCAAAGAGAAGAGAUCGAGGCCUGGAAUACCACGCUCAGCGAACUCUUCAUCAACUCAACCCCCGAAGUGAAUGAUGGCGAUUACGAAACGGCCAAGGCUUGGGACAUCUGGUUUACCAAUGGAUGCUCUGGUCAACGCCCCUUUACCAUCACGCCGAAUACGAUGGGUUUCCAGAACCAGGCCACCGGUAACAAUCUGAACAACAAUGGGCAAUAG